UUCUGGUUGGCUGCGGAUGCUCCUGUCUCUUCUGCAGCAGCGUGAGGAUUUUAGGGGGCGUGGCACGUUUUGUUACAUAAAGGAGCGCCGACCAAGCGCGUUGAUUAGUGGAACAAACUGUUCGCGUUCCUCGCUUUUCUCCUGAAGUGCAGGUUGUUAAAAACAUGUCGGCCUCCCUGUUAAGGAUCGGACACCUGCGAUGUGUCAAUAAGUGCUUGCAGACUGAGGGGUGGAAGAUGCUGAGCAGAGCACCGGCAGCUUUGCCUUUCAGCACAAAAUCAUCAGGAUCCAAAAAUUCAUCAAAAAAGACCAGCAAAGACAAAAGCAAGCCUAAAACGUACUUCGACAUAGAAAAACUUGUUCAACACAAGCCAUGCAACUUCCCUAAGAAAGAAGUUUCUCCAGCUGCCUCUGCAGUAACUGAAGCUGCACUGGAAGCCAUCGCUUCUGCAGCAACAAAGCACACGCCCCCUGUCGCUUCAGCUGGAACUAUUGCAUCCACUUAUGACGGAACGACUCAAGCGGUGACGGCAUCCUUUGUUAAAGAAGUACCCUCCAACAUAGCAACUGAUGAAUCUACUGUUGAAGUUGUUCCUGAAGCCUUUCCAGGAGAAGAUGCUCUAAUGCUGGAGGCCUCCAAAGUGGCUGCUGAGCCUGCAGUUGAUGUGCCACAAGUCCCUAUGCAUCCUGCCUCUGUCGAAUCGGCUCCUGAUCCACUUGUGGACGUUGCACUGGUAGAUGGGGCCCUGAACCUAGUUCAUGAAGCUGGGCCAAAUAAGGCAGAACCGCCUCCUGCAGAGGGGUCACUAAAGUCUGUGGUGGAAGCGGCCCCUGUAGUGGAAGUGGCCCCCGAGGAGGUGCCUCUGGAGCCUCUGGUGGAAGCGGCCCCUGUAGUGGAAGCGGCCCCCGAGGAGGUGCCUCUGGAGCCUCUGGUGGAAGCGGCCCCUGUAGUGGAAGUGGCCCCCGAGGAGGCGUCUCUGGAGCCUGCAGUGGAAGCGGCCCCCGAGGAGGCGUCUCUGGAGCCUGCAGUGGAAGCGGCCCCCGAGGAGGCGUCUCUGGAGCCUGCAGUGGAAGCGGCCCCCGAGGAGGCGUCUCAGGAGCCUGUAGUGGAAGCAGCUCCCCCAGAGCCAUCUCCUAAACUUGCAAUGGAAGCGUCAGAUGGGGUCCCUGAAACUCUAACUGUAGACCUUCAAGCACCCCUGGAGCCCGUGGCAGAAGCAGCUCCUUCAGAACCCGACCCUGCAGAGUCCAUGCCAGAGCCUGAAGAAGAGGCGGUGCUAGAGCCUGUGGCAGAAAUUACUGAUGCUACAGAUGUAGUUCCUGGCUCUGAGGACCUUGUGGACCCUGCCUGGGUCCUUUCCAAGGCUGCUGAAGAAGAGCUGCAGAUGGAUUCCCCUGCUGAAGCAGUUGGACCAUCACAGGCUCACAUGGACCCAGUGCAGAGGCUAUUCUUGGACUCUAUACGAGAAUAUUCAGCAAAUUCCCAGGCAGCUGGUGGUCUGGUUGACGCUGACCCACUGUAUCAAAAGGCUUUGGAAGAGGAGACGGCGAAGCUACAGAGACUGUAUGGUGGUGGAGACCUAACCAGUUUUCCUAAUUUCAAAUUUACAGAACCCCAGUGGGAUGAAGGUUCCCAGAAGUGAACCAUCAGAACUUCUACUUGACUUUUACAACUUUGUGCAGAGGAACAUGAAUUUGUAUGAUUGUCAAGCAAAUGAACCUCGACCUGGUGCUUAUAUGUGAAAAUAAAGCAUUGGAUUUGUAGAAACUGUAGAUUUUUGCCUGUAGAAGAUAAGGUUUUACAUUACCGCCAUCAGGUUUGACGGCGUGAUCUUAGAGGUGCAAGUUAGGUUGUCUAAAUCUAAAUCGAUAAAUAAUGUGACUUCUGUUGUCUAAUCUUUUCAUUCCUCAAUCAUUUUUCAGUUGCAUAUAUCGAGAGGUGUUCAAAAAAGAAAAAAAUAACAUGGAACUCAAAUAAGUUGUCUUUUUUUUCAGUUUUUUAUUGGUUCAGUGUAAUAUUCUCAUUUUAAGUGUCAUGUUUUCAUUAGCUCUAUGUGGGAAAUAAAGACUUUCAAACAUC